CAUAGUUACAGUAAUAUUAAAUUUACAAAAAUAUUUUAGACUUGAACAAGUAUUUUUUGUUACAUUUUUCAAAAAUGACCAAUCAAGGUAAUCAUUCAGUAAACAACAAACGUGAAGAUUUCAAAAAGUAUUUAAAUGAAUUUGGUGUUAUUGAUGCUUUGACCAAUGUAUUAGCAGAUCUUAAUGGAUUGGAAAUAAGACCAACAGAUCCGUUGGAUUAUAUUCGCACUCAUAUGACAGAAAUAGUUAAGGAAAGAGAAGAACUGAAAAUACUUAAGGCCAACUAUGAAAGUAUGAUCAGUCAAAUUCAAGAAAUGGAAGAAGAGAAUAUGAAACUAGCUAAGAAAAUUAAAGGGUUAGAAAACUAUGGGGAUGAGUCAAGUAGAUCCAAGAUAGAAGAAAUUGAUGAGAUUAACAUUGGAACAGAAUAAUGAAAUAAUUAACAUGCAUUUUUUGUUGGAUUAACCAUAAUAAUAUGAUAGAUAAAAU